CUUUUAAAUUUUAGUAUUUUUAUUUUAGUUAAAGAAAGUUCGUUUACGUACCACUUUUGCUUCAAUGGACACUUCUUCAUCAAGUGUGAAGCUAUCCUGCUGUGAGCAUUACGGUAAUGUACUCAAUGAAUAUUCAGACAAUGAACUAAAAGCUAUUCUUGAUGUUGCUACUCAUCGUAAGCUUUACCUUCAAUCAACAAUGAUAACACACUAUAAGGAAGUGCAAGUCCAUGGGCCUGUCUCUCUCUCAGAGAACAUUGAUUGUAUUGUUGUUAAUGCUAGAUACAGAGGCAAUAAGACCAUAGAGAGCUUACUGGAUAAAUUCAUUGAGAAAAAUAACUGUAAUUUAAUAUGGAUGAGCUCCGAUGAGUCUUCUACGGUAGGACCAACUCAUUCUUUAGCUUCAACUGCUGUCCAUUAUGUUCCUCAUUCUGAAGACUAUUAUGAUGGGACUACUCGUGAUUAUGAGGAGGAGGAUGAGUAUGGAUCUGAUGAAUAUGAUAGUGACUAUGAAGACUAUUAUGAUGAUUAUGAUGACUAUUAUUGAACUGGAGCCUGGAGGCACACUUAUUUUACAUAAAAUACAUUUUAUUUUGAAUUUAGCACUUAUAGUAAAGCAAGAAGCA